CCGCUGACCGCGGCCGUCACCGUCACCAGCGGCAGCGGCUCAGCUUCCGACCUCGUCGCAGGGCAGUCGGCUGCGGAGACGUUUGAGAGCCUCCUCCCUCCUUGCACGAUAUCAAUGGGAAGCAACAGGGCUGUUUGGAGAAAGAAGUAGACUCUAGUAAGAGAAGAAUGGUUGAGUUCAUCUGGGAAAGGAUUCAAGACUGUCAUCCAGAGGAAAUUUUCCCAUUAGAGGUUUGUUUCAAGAUAUCUGCACAUCAAGUUUACCAAUGAAGUAUAUCCUGGUAACUGGUGGUGUCAUUUCCGGCAUUGGCAAAGGAAUCAUUGCCAGCAGCAUUGGUACCAUUAUGAAGUCAUGUGGGCUGCGAGUGACUGCCCUAAAAAUUGAUCCUUACAUUAACAUUGACGCUGGAACCUUUUCACCUUAUGAACACGGGGAAGUCUUUGUACUGAAUGAUGGAGGAGAAGUCGAUUUAGACUUGGGGAAUUAUGAACGGUUUCUUGACAUCAACCUUUACAAAGAUAACAAUAUUACCACAGGAAAAAUCUACCAACAUGUCAUUACCAAGGAACGUCGUGGAGAUUAUCUGGGCAAGACAGUUCAAGUUGUGCCUCACAUAACUGAUGCCAUUCAGGAGUGGGUAAUGCUUCAAGCCAAAGUCCCAGUGGAUAAUGAUCAAAAAGUACCACAGCUCUGUAUUAUUGAGUUAGGAGGAACCAUUGGGGAUAUAGAAAGUAUGCCAUUUGUGGAAGCAUUCAGACAAUUCCAGUUCAAAGCAAAAAGGGAAAAUUUCUGCAACAUCCAUGUAAGCCUUGUACCUCAGCCAAAAUCGACUGGAGAACAGAAAACAAAGCCAACUCAAAAGAGUGUAAGGCAGCUGAGAGGACUGGGUUUGUCACCUGACUUGAUUGUCUGUAGGAGUUCCAAACCUAUCGAGAAACCAGUGAAAGAAAAGAUCUCAAUGUUUUGUCAUGUAGACCCAGAACAGGUCAUAUUUGUACAUGAUCUUUCUUCUACAUAUCGAGUACCUCUCCUGUUGGAGCAACAAGGUGUCGUAGAGUAUAUUUAUGAAAGAUUGGAGCUACCCAUUGAAAAGAGGCCCAAAAUAAUCCUUGCUGAUUGGAAAGAAAUGGCAGACAGGUACGAGCGCUUACUCGAAACCUGUUCCAUUGCACUAGUUGGGAAAUACACUAAACUGAGUGAUUCUUAUGCAUCUGUCAUCAAAGCUUUAGAACAUGCGGCAAUAGCGAUAAAUCGUAAACUGCAUCUAAUGUACAUUGAUUCUACUGAUCUGGAAACUAAUACUGAAGAUCAAAAUGCAGUGAAGUACCAUACAGCUUGGCAACAACUGUGCAAAGCAGAUGGUAUUUUGGUUCCUAGUGGAUUUAAUAUCAGAGGUACGGAAGGGAAAAUACAAGCUAUUUCUUGGGCAAGAAAAAUGAAGAAACCGUUCCUUGGAGUUUGCUUAGGAAUGCAGUUGGCAGUGGUGGAGUUUGCAAGAAAUCAGCUGGGCUGGAAAGAUGCCAAUUCUACAGAGUUUGAUUCAAGCACAAGUCACCCAGUGAUCAUUGAUAUGCCUGAGCAUGGCCUUGGAGACACGGGAGGCACUAUGCGUCUCGGGAAAAGAAGAACCCUUUUCAAGGACAAGAAUUCAAUACUGCGGAAGCUGUAUAAUAAUGCUACCUUUGUGGAAGAGCGUCACAGACAUCGUUGUGAGGUAAACCCAGAUUUAAUUCAUCAAUUUGAGAAGGAAGGUUUGAAGUUUGUGGGUCACGAUAUCGAAGGAAAUCGAAUGGAGAUUUUUGAACUGGAAGGCCAUCAAUACUUUGUCGGAGUACAGUUCCACCCAGAAUUCACCUCCAGGCCCAUGAAGCCUUCACCACCAUAUUUAGGCCUUCUGCUUGCAUCAACAGGCAAAUUGAAUGGCUACAUACAACGUGGAUGUAGACUAUCCCCGAGGCGGACCAAAUUUCAUUUGCUGGAGGAAACUGAAACCCUUUCACCACAACCUGCACAUUGCUGGUGAUUCAGUAGUUGAGGCGUCUUCUUCUGAAGUCUCAUAAAAAGGAACAUAAUCAUGCCAAGCCAUGUGUGUGCUUUGAAGAUGGAUUGAAACAAUGACUAUAUAGCUAUGGCUUCUGCCUUAGAGUAUCAUUUUUUGCUGACCAGGAUGUGUGUCUUGAGAUAAUAUUCUCAGUUUUAUUCAUUGCAUAUUGUUCUGAAGUUAUUUUA